ACUCCCACAGUCGGCCGCGCUCUGGCUGCGGCUGCGUCGGCGCCGCGGAGCUCACCCGGAGCUGCUGGCAUUCGCGCCGCGCCGCUCCUUGCCCUUCCCUCCUUUGGUGUGAUUCGGGACACCAGGAAGCGGCUCCUCCAUGGCUUGGGCCCCCGUUCCCGGCUGAGCCAUUUUCUUUUUCUUAUUUUCCCUCCGCUUUGGCUGAAAGCCCCCGCCCGGAAGGCCGAUUCGUCGCGGCGGCGGUGGGGAUCGCAGGUCGCUCAGGCUUGCAGAUGGGUCAGGGGCUGUGGAGAGUGGCCAGAAACCAGCAGCUCCAGCAGGACGGCUAUAGCGAGCAAGGCUACCUCAGCAGGGAACAGAGCAGGAGACUAGCUGCGGGCCCCAUCCCCAGCAGCGGGCACCGGAAGCAGGUGCAAGGGGGCAUGGAUCUCUAUCAUCUCCUCAAGGCCAGGAAGUCGAAGGAGCAGGAAGGGUUCAUCAACUUGGAAAUGCUGCCUCCCGAGCUUAGCUUCACCAUCCUCUCCUACCUGAACGCCACAGACCUCUGCUUAGCCUCAUGCGUUUGGCAGGACCUUGCCAACGACGAACUUCUCUGGCAAGGGUUGUGUAAAUCCACUUGGGGUCACUGUUCUAUAUACAAUAAGAAUCCACCUCUAGGAUUUUCUUUUAGGAAAUUGUAUAUGCAGUUGGAUGAAGGCAGCCUCACAUUCAAUGCCAAUCCAGAUGAGGGAGUGAACUACUUUAUGUCCAAGGGUAUCCUGGAUGAUUCGCCAAAGGAAAUAGCAAAGUUUAUCUUCUGUACAAGAACACUAAAUUGGAAAAAACUGAGAAUCUAUCUUGAUGAAAGGAGAGAUGUCUUGGAUGACCUCGUAACGUUGCAUAAUUUUAGAAAUCAAUUCUUACCCAAUGCACUGAGAGAAUUUUUUCGUCACAUCCAUGCCCCUGAAGAGCGUGGGGAAUAUCUUGAAACUCUUAUAACGAAGUUCUCACAUCGAUUCUGUGCUUGUAACCCUGAUUUAAUGAGAGAACUUGGCCUUAGUCCUGAUGCUGUCUAUGUACUGUGCUACUCCUUGAUCCUCCUUUCCAUAGACCUCACUAGCCCUCACGUGAAGAAUAAAAUGUCAAAGAGAGAAUUCAUCCGAAACACCCGACGCGCUGCUCAGAACAUCAGUGAAGAUUUCGUAGGGCACCUCUAUGACAACAUCUACCUUAUCGGCCACGUGGCUGCCUAAAAGCACAAGUGCUCGGACUUUGGACUUCUGUCUUCAGACUAAAGGACUCUUCUGCAGAUACGUGCUUCCCUUAGUGCUGGGCAUGCCAGCCUCUGUAUACAAUCAAGCUUGAGUGUACAACUUUUUUUUUUCCUUCUCACCGUUUUAUUUUUUAAUAAUUUCCUUGGGGAACUAAAGAAUAUUGCAGAAUUAUUCUUAAUUUUGCUCAUCAUGUUUUGCACAAAGCAGAGCCAUUGUCUGACAUGGCUAUUUAAGAAUGUUAAACUGAUAAGAUAGGAGAUGGUAUAUUUGUGCAUUAGAUUUGCCUGAAAAACUUUACUCAUUUUCAUUCUUUUUUAAAAUUCCAUGUAAUGUGUACAUAUUUAACUAAAGAGAUUUAUAAUCAUAAUUAUUUUAUUGUAAAGAUUUUAACUAAAAUCUUUCAUUUUCUCUCAAACUGAGUGCUGAAAUUUAUUUGAUCCUGAUCUAUGAUUAUUAUUGUCCUUGACCAAAUAACUUCAGAUGAAACCAAUACCAGUGUCUCUUUCCUUUGGACUUUGAAAGGAGUAUUGAUUUGUUGCUACAUUACUAUGCAAAACCGACACAUACAUGUUCAUACUUAGCUCUUCAUUUUUUAAAUUUCUGGGUUAGCCUGAUCUUAAUAAAUCCUUGAAAUCAUUUUGGAAGGCAAGAUACGUUAAGGUAAGAUUUCCAUCCAUAAGAACAAACAGUAAUCGGUCUUUGCUUAUGUACAAAUGAGUUAAACUCUUAGUCUGAUAAUUUUUGAUCAUGUCUGAUCAGUUAAGAGUGCUGUGAAUGAUUGUUUAGAUUAUUAAUUCUAGAUCAUUAGUCCAUUAAUUCAUCCCAUAAAUUCUUGCCAAGGAACUUAAAGUGCUAAGCAUUGUGGUAAGGACUUGUGCUAUCUAGACAUGAGCAUUACCUCUGCCAAGGGAGUGACGGGAAAACACUACUUAAUGCAGAGCAAAUGGAUGGAGUAUGUUUGUAUGAACCAUUA